GGAGCUUCCUCUUGCUUCUCUACCCUCUCUGUCCAGCAACCACAAGAAAUGAAGUCCUGUAAAAUACAGCUAACAUUUAAAUCAAUUCACUGCGUAAAGAAAGGACUUCCUGUGUGUUGGUCCGCAGCUUCCCGGAUGUGUUUCAGUUUGGCAAUCAUCUCUUCCUUACUAACUUUUCACUUCGUCUCGGGCGCUGCGGAUGAUUGUGAGUCCAUUAAGAAUCCAGUCCUGUUCAUCACAACGCCAGGAAAUCUGGAAGCGCUGAGUGGAUCGUGUCUACAAGUCCCAUGCCACUUUUCUGCUAAAGAAAGAGCAAGCUUCUCGGGGCAAAACUUUGGGGUGUGGAUCAAAUCAGAUUCUAGGUUUAAAGAAUUCUCAACAAAUGUGAUUUUCAACAGCAGUGGGUCGAUCAAAACGUAUCCGCUGGAAAUUACGGGAAACCUGGAGAGGCAAAACUGCACAACUGUGUUUCGGAGCUUAACGAGGGAACAUUCAGACACGUACUACUUCAGAAUUGAACGUACGCAGUUCCAGGCAACAGCUUCCUGCAGUGGAUUUCGCUUAACAGUCAGAGAUUCUCCAUGGAGUCCCAGCAUUAAUGUUCCCUCUGACCUGAAGGAGCAUCAGUCUGUCACUGUAACCUGCUCAGCUUUCACUCCCUGUCCACAAUCACCUCCUGAACUCACCUGGAAUCUCCAACAAGACUCUCUCAGACAAACAGAGAAAAACACAGAGGGAAUCUUUACAACUAAACUCCAGAAGAACAUCACUCUGUCAGACACACAUGAUGGAUACAACAUCAGAUGUUCUGCCAGAUAUCCUGUAAUUGGAGGAAUCAAGACAGCAGAGACAGAAGUGACUCUCAGUGUUUCAUAUGCUCCUAGAAACACCUCAGCAUCCAUCAGUCCAUCAGGUUUGGUGUCAGCAGGUAGCAGGGUGGAGCUGAGCUGCUCCAGCAGAGCCAAACCUCCACCCAGCUUCACCUGGUUCAGGAACAGCAAACAUGGAGCCACUAAAGUGUCUGUGGGGCCGGUUUACAGACUCCAUAUGACCAACAUGACAGAUUUGGGAAGUUAUUACUGUGAGGCAGAAAAUAUUCUGGGGAGUCAGACAUCUACACCGAGUCAUUCAAAAGACCACGGAACGUUUUGGGGAGCUGCUGCUGGGGGAUUUAUUGCGAUCAUCGCUGUGAUCUGUGGCGCUUACAUCCUUUGGCGCUUGAAGUUUAAACAUUCAGCUUUACGUGAGUCUCAGAAUUCGGGUUUCCAAGAGCCUACCAGCACCGAAGAAAACCAGGACAUCCAUUAUGGAGACAUCGACUUCUCUGCGAUGAGACCGUCGCUUAAAACAGCCCGAGACGAGACGGAUCUGCAGAAUGUUAUGUAUUCAGAGGUGAAAGUGCGCAGAACUGGCAACAGGACUGAAUCUGCGGACGGCCUCUACGCUCAGGUGAAGACGAAACCAGUCAACCCACAUUUCACCUAGCGAAACGUCGUCUCACAGACAUGUUUGACUUUUUCUCUAAACUGUUCAAACGCAGACAGUUGUUUUCAUCUUAAACUGUAUGUUUCGGGUUUCCUUCCACAAACUAUUCACAGUAGUUUGCCAUUUGUGGAAAGCAAACGAUUCAAAAGCACCGAUUUAGACGUACGCUUAGGUUUAUUGUCCAGGUAGACGACACAUUUAUGCCCAAGGUUUAACUUCCUGGUUGAUGUCUUGAGAUGUUGCUUCAAUAUUUCCACAAAUUGUUCCUUUCUCGUGAAGCCAUCUUUUUUUUUUUUUGUGAAGCGCACCACUCCCUCCUGCAGCAAAGCAACCACAUGCUUCCAUCUCCACGCUUUCUUCUUUCCUUUUUCCUCAAGAUGAAAUGUCAUUAUGUCCAAGCGCCUCAACUUCAACUUUAUCGGACUUCUGUCUUUUUAUGCGAUCUCUGUCAAUUUUCCGAUCGUGUUCUGCGGUUCCACUUCUAACGAUGCUGUCUUAUCCAGAGCGCCUUUCAGAGAAACCCGCGCGAAGAAGGUUAUAGGGGAAAUACUUGCUCUAAAAAUGACAACUUUGAUUUUGAAGGGAGAAAAGUGACUCCGUGCUUGCAAUGGCCACAUAUUCACAGAUCAUGUACUAAUGAAUGAACCAGUCACAAAUGAGUCAUAAUUGAUUUAUGCUGUAAAUAGAUUUUCACUUAAAUUAAAAAAAAAAAA